CAUGUUAGAUGUCUCCUUUGGAAAUUUUCAUACCCUGAAUGCUGAGUAGAUACAGUCUUGUUACUUGCACACUGUCAGCCCUACUUGGGAGUUUUAAAGCCACAUCCAGUAAUCAUCUCAAGAAAAGCUGUCAGCAGUUUAAUCCAUUCAGAUUUUCUAACCAGACGUGUUUGGUUGUAUCCCGAGCCGUAUCCACUAUGAAGGCUAGGACCGUACAGAAGGCCGUACUGUCCGUGGAGCAGGACGAAGGAGUGGGGGCUCGAGUCAGGCGGAGUAUAGGGAGACCAGAGUUGAAAAAUUUUGACCCGUUCCUGAUGCUGGAUGAAUUCAAAGGAAAGGCACCAGGGGGAUUUCCGGACCACCCACACAGAGGAUUUGAGACGGUCACCUAUGUUUUGAAAGGGUCAAUGAGACAUGAGGACUUCUGUGGUCACAAGGGGAUAAUUCAGGAUGGAGAUUUACAGUGGAUGACAGCUGGCAGAGGAAUUGUCCACUGUGAAAUGCCACAUGGAGAGGGGGAGGCCCAUGGCCUUCAGCUGUGGGUCAAUCUGGCCAAGAAAUACAAAAUGAUUGAACCAGCUUAUCAGGAGCUGAAGGACAAGGACAUCCCAAGGACAACCAAAAAUGGGGUCACGGUCAAGGUCAUUGCUGGGGAAGCUUUUGGCAUAAAGUCAAAGGUAUAUACUCGCACUCCUACAAUGUAUCUGGACUUUAAGCUGGAUCCUGGAUCUAAACUGGAACAACCAAUACCUGCUGGUUGGAGGUCCUUCUUGUACAUCCUAUCUGGCAAGGCAAAGUUUGGUCCAGCAGGAAAUCAGAGGGAACAUGAAGCUCAUCACACGGUAACCUUCAAUGAUGACGGAGACGGUAUACAGGCAGAGAACUCUGGGUCAACAGAAUGUCAUUUAGUUAUGAUUGCUGGGGAACCAAUCAAAGAGCCUGUUUUUCAGUAUGGUCCAUUUGUUAUGUCAUCAGAGGAGGAACUUCACCAGGCUAGAAAGGAUUAUCAGUUUGGGAGGAAUGGAUUUGAAAAUGCUCAUACUUGGAACUCUUUUAUUGUCACUGAGGAUGACAAUGGAUAACGUCUUUUGAUGAGACCUUUUUUCCCCGAUCAUACCACCUCCAUACCAUUUUCUGUGUAUAGUCUUAAUUACUGUGUACAUAUAUUUAUAGUACGAGAGAUAGACACUGGAAAUCAAUGUUAUGUUAUAUUACCAGUAUAUAAUAUUUAUGGAGACAAUUUGAAAAAAAAUUAAUACACACCAUUUUUGCAGGGUUUUUUUAGGUCACCUGAGUCACUCAGGUGACCUAUUGCUAUCCGUUUUUGUCCGGCGACGUGAGAUGUGCGUUAACAUUUGAACAUUUUUAGCUUCUUCUCUGAAACCGCUCAACCAAUUUCAACUAAAUUUGGCAUAUAGCAUCUAUGUGUGAAGGGGAACAAAAAUUGUGAAUUUCAUGGUCCCUGCCCCCCUGGGGCCUGAGGGGUGGGGCUAAAACCACCAAAAUUAAUGCAAUCUUUAAAAAUCUUCUUCUUUACUCCUGGACAUCAAGCAGUCAAACUGUUGGCAUCAUUGUAAUAAGCAUUGAGUCCUCUACCAAAAUUGUGAAAUUCAUGGCCCCACGGUCAGAGGUUCUGGUGCUAGGGCGUGGCUUAAUAUAGAUCAUAUAGUGAAAGUGCAUUAUUUCUUUGAAAAUCUUCUUCUCUGCUCCUGGGUAUUAAAUAAACUAACUAA